AUAGCUCUGUUUCACUUACAACUAUGAGCCUUCCAGCGUUUUCUGGACGUUUUGCCACCUUAAUUGCAGCGGCUGCAGCAGCUCCAGAAGAUAUUCCAACCUGCCAGACCAUAACUUUGAUCUGAAACAUUGGCUUUCUACGGUUUAGACCAAAAAAAGAAUUAAUAAACUGACAGAUUAUAUAGUCUUAACAACACCGGCUCGAUAAGGAGUUCGCCCUAGAGACCUUGCUCUCUCUGGCACGAAGACCAAGACGGCCACAACUACAGGAUGAGAUCUCCCUCCGACGUCUUCUCCGGUGACAGUUCUUGCCUCUGAAGUUUCCGUCUCCUCCUCUUCGUCCGUGCCGUUUCUGAGUUUUGCUCCGAUUGUCAUCUCCCCACCUUCUCUCCCAACACCGAUGACUCAACGUUUGCAGUUCCAACCAGGGUCUUCUCCUCGGCGAACCUCUCUUCUCCGAAACCUCAAUCCCCGUCCACCUCCGGAGCCUCCGGAUCCACCGGAUCGAGUACCUCCGCAUCGUUUUCGCUCAGUGUUCCUCCGUUCAAGUCCAAACUUUAUGUCCAUCGGAACUCCGGUGGUCCUCUCUGGGUUGAAGGUUUCUUCGACUGUUUUGUUCUCCGGAAAAUCCCAGACAAUGAAGCUAGUUGCUUUCCAUGCUCGCUGUAUCACCCUUGCCGGCCCGCGUCCUCUACAUUUCAGAUCCGUGAGUCAAACUCUCAGAUCUGUACAUCUCAACCUUUCUUCCUCAGUGCUUCUCCGGCUCGAAAAUCCAUGCCAUCAACCAACGCAAACAUACCUUCUCUCACAACUGUUGGCGUCCGAUGUAGGUGGGAAUCCACUCCGGCCUCCAGCUCUGAACUAUAUGUUUCCAAAUCUGGCGACCGAUGUAGGUGGGAAUCCACUCCGGCGUCCAGCUUUGAGCCAUCAAAAGCUAGUAAUGUCAUGUUGUCGCACAACUCUCACCUCCUCUUCUGUUGUGGAGAUCUGUACGGGGCCUGAAGGUGCAAUCGAGACUACUUCGGUUUCUCUCGUUGGUGAAGACUGUUUCUCAACGUCACUUGUGACUAUCUCUCAGCUGUCCGACUUUGUCGUGAAAGCUUUAUCGACGCAUUCAAGCUUGGCUUUGAAUUCGCUGUCAACUUCAUAUGAAGAUUUAUCAUGCUUAGUUCUAUUCGCUAUUGUAGUUCAUGAAUUAUUUUCAAGAGGAUGUUUAAUUCCGUCUUGGCUUUGUAGUUUUUGAAUUUGAAUCUAAUGAAAGUUUGUGUUUCAAAAAAAAAAAAAAACUGACAGAUUAUACC